AUGACUGAACAAUUCAUCGCGAAUGUACUAAAUAAAACAAAAAUGGGUUGUACAGGUACAAAAGCAAAUAAAGCUGAAGGUGAUAUUGAUCGUUAUCAUCAAGAAAUAUUUGCUGCAGCACAAACGGGUGAUGUUAAACGUCUUAAAGAUAUUCUUGAUGAGUUGGAUAGACGUAAAGCAUCGACAACGAAAAAAGAAGUACUCAAUAUGGGCUAUCGAGAAGCAGACGGUCUAACAGCAUUAAGUAUAGCAGCUGGUAAAAAACACAAACCUCUAACUGAAAUUUUAGCUUCAUGUCCCGAAGUCGAUGUGAAUAAACCAUCAUUAUCCGGUAUUACACCAUUAUUAAUGGUUGCUGAAGUUGGUUGGCCAGAUAUACUUGAUAUUCUAUUACAUCGUGGUGCUAUUGUUGACUCAGCACCAUCUGGUAAACGAGCUGAAGAAAAUAAAAUAGCUGGUUCAACACCAUUAAUAGGUGCAACAAAAUAUAAUCAUCCUGAAUGUGUUAAACGUUUAUUAGCACAUCAUGCAAAUCCAAAUCAUCAAAAUCAAUCGGGUAUAUCAGCAUUAAUGCUUGCAGCUGAACAAGGUUUUUUUGAAUGUGUUAAAUUACUUGUACAAGCCGGUGCUGAUCUUGAAUUAGCACCAAGUGGUCAAUUAGCAUUAACAAUGAAUUUAUGUGGUCAAACACCAUUAUUUUGUGCAGCUAAAGAAGGUCGAACAGAAAUUGUUAAAUAUUUAUUAGAUCGUGGAGCUAAUCCACGUGUUCAAAAUCAUUAUGGUGUUAGUGCUUUAUGGAUACCAGCACAAAAAGGCAUGUUACAAGUUGUUGAAUUAUUAUUAAAUGCCGGUGCUGAAACACAUGUUGCACCGUUUGGUAAUUUAGCUGAUGAAUUAAAUAUAACUGGUUGGACACCACUUUAUGCUGCAAUGAAAUCUCGAAAAUUUGAUGUUGUUAAAUUACUUUUGAAACGUGGUGCUGAUCCAAAUGCUGUUACAAAAUUAGGUUCAACACCAUUUUUACUUGCAUCUGAAAUAUGUGAUUUAGAUAUAAUUGAAGCAUGUGUUGAAGCUGGUGCUGAUCUUGAUUUUGCACCAAGUGGUCCCGAUGCUGAUAAUUUAAAUAUAACUGGUCAAACGGCACUUUUUAUGGCAACAUUAAAAGAUCGUGUUGAUGUUGUAAAAUUUUUAAUACAAAAAGGUGCACAUGUUAAUGUACAAAAUCGUUAUGGUGUAUCACCAUUAUUACUUUGUGCUGAAUCAGGGAAUUAUGAACUUGUUCAAGCACUUGUACAAGCUGGAGCUGAUGUUAAUAUAACACCACAGGGUGAAUUAGCUGAAGAGAAUUUUCUUGCUGGACAGACGCCUCUCUUUGGUGCUGCCAAGAAAGGUCAUGUAGAAAUUUGCGAAUAUCUUAUUCAAAAUGGUGCCGAUGUCAAUGCUGUAACAAUGACUGGCGCCACACCACUAUAUACAGCAACGGAAGAAGGUCAUUUAGAUGUUGUUCGAUUAUUAAUUCGUCAUGGUGCUGAUGUAAAUCGAUCACCGAAAGGACAAGUUGCACGUGAUCUUCAUAUUGAAAAUCAAACACCUUUAUUAAUAGCAUGUAUGAGAAAUCAUGAAGCAAUUAUUCGACAUCUAAUUGAAUCAGGUGCAAAUGUUAAUGUAACAUCUGAACGUGGAUCAUCACCAUUUCUUGCUAUAUGUCAACAUAAUAAUGUUGAAUUAGCACGAUUACUUAUUCAACAUGGAGCUCGACAUGAUGUUGAAGCUAAAAAUUUAUAUGAUGGAAAAAUUAAUGGUUUAAUUGUUGCUGCUGAAUCAGGUUCAUUUGAUACAUUACGUUUAUUAGUUGAAGCUGGUUUAGAUGUUAAUUAUAAAAUUGAAGGAAAAGGUGAAACAGCUGGUCGUACACCUUUAUUUUGUGCAUGUGCGAAAGGCUUUCAAGAUAUUGUUGAAUAUUUAAUUGAUCGAGGAGCUGAUGUUAAUGGGACAGAAAAAAGUGGUCUCUCAUGUUUGCAUAUAGCAGCAGCUAUGGGCCAUGCUGAUACAGUUCGAGUCUUAUGUGAACGUGGUGCCAAUGUUGAUCAACAAUUUCGUUUUGAAGAACAAGAUGUAACUGCAUAUGAUUUAGCCGAAUCUCAGCAACAUGAUCAUGACAUCAAGAUAAUGUAUCAACGUCUAUGUUUAUUCAUAUCUCAUUCUUUUGUAAAUACAAUUCCAACAUAUCGUUCAAUACAAACUAUGAAUGAGGUUCGAAAAGGUUUACAAUCUUUAGUUGGUGCGCAAUUAGUCUUUGCUUAUGGAGAUCAACAUGGAAGUCAUGCUCGAUUAACUGAAGAUAUAAAAAUUGAUUCUACAUUAGCAUCACGUACAAUACCAGAAAGUUAUGAUGAAGCUAUUAUUCCUCUAGCAUCAGAUGUAAGAUUACGUGAAAGAUAUGCUAAUUUUGAAAAUAAAGUACGAUUUGGAAGAAUACUUGAAGAUCUUGAUACAAUGGCUGUUCAUAUUGCAUAUAAACAUAAUAGUCCACAAUUAAUUAAAUCAAUUAAUGUUCAUCCAUUAGCUAUUGUUACCGCUGCUGUUGAUCGUAUAGAAGUUGCUAUAGCACAUAUGCAUAUUGAUCGAGAUAUUCGUUUAAGUGGUUUUGCUUCUUUUGUUGGUAAAAGUUCUAUGGAAGCUACUUUAAAAAUUGAUCAAGAUAAUAAUGGUACUUGGGAACAUGUACUUCAUGCUUUAUUUGUUCUUGCUGCACGAGAUCCAAGAACAAAAAAAUCAGCCAAAAUGAAUCCAUUAGUUGGAUUAACAGAAGAAGAUCAUACAAUUAUUAAAGAAGGCGAAUUAAAACGUCAACGUCGUCUAGCUGAACAAGAUAAAUCAUUAUUUAAAAUUCCGCCUGAUACAGCUGAAAGUACAAUUAUUCAUAAUCUAUUUCUCAAUACAAUUUCACCAAGUACAUCGAUAUUUCAAACUCGACCUUUAGUAGAAAAUUCUAUGUGGAUGGAACAAACAACUUUACGAACUAUGCAUAUUUGUCAUCCAGAACAACGUAAUUUAUAUAAUAAAAUAUUUGGUGGUUAUUUAAUGAGAAAAUCAUUUGAAUUAGCUUGGACAACAGCUAGUUUAUUUGCAAAACAAUCAUUAAGUACACUUGCAGUUGAUGAUAUUAUGUUUCAACGUCCAGUAGAAAUUGGUUCACUUUUAUUUCUUUCGGGAAUGGUUGUUUAUGUUGAAGAUAAUAAAAUUCAAACACGUGUACAUGCUGAAGUCGUUGAUAUUCAUACAACAAAUCGUGCAACAACAAAUAUUUUUUAUUUUAUAUUUAAAACAAAAAAUAAUACACAACAACUUGGAAAUAUUGUACCAAAAACUUAUGCUGAAGCAAUGAUGUAUAUAGAUGGCAAACGACAUCUUCAUUAA